AUGCAAGGCCGGCUUAGUGAUAAAGUUGCCAUCGUGACCGGUGCGGCGUCAGGGUUUGGCAAAGGCAUCGCUUCGAAAUUCGUGAGCGAAGGCGCCAAGGUCAUAAUCGCCGAUCUUUCGAAGGAGGCAGGCAAAUAUGCUGCUGCUGAACUCAGUUGCGGGUUUUUUGCGGCUGACCUUACCCGGAAUGAAGAUUGGGUCGCCCUGUUGAAACAUACCCUUGACACAUAUGACCAAUUGGACAUUGUGGUGAACAAUGCUGGCGCCAGUUAUACGAACAAGCCAACACUCGAGGUAACAGAGAAGGAUUUCAAUUUGUGUAUGGAUGUGAACGUCAAGUCUAUUUACCUGUCCACAAAUGUGGUCCUGCCUUACUUCCUUGACAAUCGACGACCCGGCGUUUUCAUACAGGUUGGCUCAACGGCCGGAAUCCGGCCCCGUCCAGGUUUGACAUGGUAUAAUGCCUCGAAGGCUGCCGUGAGCAUUGCCACCAAGACACUGGCGGUAGAAUACGGACCCCGCCAAGUUCGGUUCAACACAGUCUGCCCGGUCAUUGGCAGCACUGGAAUGACUCAUUUAUUCCUUGGAAAGCCCGACACCACCGAGAAUCGAAGCGGGUUCCUUUCAACAAUUCCUUUGGGACGUGGCUCGACACCCGCAGAUGUUGCCAACGCCUGCAGCUACUUAGCAAGUGACGAGGCAGAGUUCAUCACAGGAGUUGACUUAGAGGUUGAUGGAGGGAGAUGCGUUUAA